AAGUAGGAUAUAAUCAAAAAUGUGUUCUGAUGUUUUCUUGAAUGUCGUUGCAUAGCUUAAUUAUUCGCAGCAAACAUGUAGAAAAGAAAACAAAGAUUUUAGACCUAAAGAAAAAAUGUAAUCAUGGCUAAUCCAGAUCAGGCCAGAUAUGCAAGAUGUCGCCUUGUACUUGGUGAUGUACUUACUCAAAUAAUGAGAGAGUACAUGGAACAGUCUGGGACACAACCAGCUUCAAUAGAGCGUUCCAUUUUAGGAAACAAAACUUUCAGAGACCGUCUUAAUCAAAAAGAGAUGAGUGUUAUACAGACCCUUCCAACAGCAGGAUUCAAAAAUUUUGACAUUAGCCUUAUGUAUAAAAUAGCAAGAAAUAAGAGUUUUUCAUUGCUGAUUUCUGACAAACCAACCCGAGGAUGGGGAGCUAAUCCCCAGCAAAAUGAGUCUACAGUUGGAGAUAACAUGGAACGUAUUAGGUUAUGUAGAGAUGAUAUCUCACAUACGGCUGAUCCAUCUUUACCAGAGGUUUAUUUCAAUGAUCUAUUCUCAAAAUUUAUAGACAUAGCUCGAAGAGCAGAACAACAUCUUCAAACUAAAAAGUUUGAACAUAAAAUUCUGCAAUACCAAAAUUGUAUUCUGGACAAAGAAAUGGAGGAUAAGUUCACAAAGAUGGAAGAAGAAUACACACAACAGAUAAAAGAUUUAAAAAAAUUAUUAGAAACCCAAGUCAAGACUGAUUUGCCUUUAAAAGUUUACAUGGACCAGUCAACUCAAACAGUUAUUGAAGACAUGAAAGCUAAAGGUCUAACAGAAGGAUCAAUGAAGUCUACAAUAACAUUCACUGGUAUAGAGGAUGCCCAAGAAAAAGCUGAUCUCCUAAAUUCUCGAAGAAAUGAUAUAAGCACUGAGUCAAUUAAAUUCAAGUAUGCUGAAGAAGGCAGUUUAGUUUUAUUUGUGGAAAUUGCCAUUGGUUUGCUUCAGAAUGAUAGUUUACUGCACAGAGAAAUGGAAAGUUUCAUUCAGCAUGUAUUUGAAGUUGCUGAUUUACAAUGCUUUUCAACAGAACAGUGCAUUGCUUUCUUCUCUAUCCUUGAAGAAAAUUGGGAGUCUGCAUCAGAUGAAGACAGUUCAAGUCAAGAUGAACCAUUAAAAGAUCUUGUUUUAAAUGUUGAAAUUAAGAAAGAUGCUCUUUUAUCUGAGGAAUCCUUAUCACAAAGUGUUCAACAUUUCCUAGGGAAGGUUGUAUCAGGGAUGAAUGGUCAACCAAUAACACAACAACAAGAAAUAACAGCUGUUAUAGGAAUACAAGAAACAGAAACAUACGGAAAUUUUAAUAGAAAUGCUGACAGAGAAAUGAAUCAGCAUUCACAUGAUGCUAAUGAUUUAAAAUUGAAUGAGACCAGUGAAAAUGACAGACUUAGAUCCCAAGAAAACAAAGAUGAGAAUAUCACAGUUAUUCAACAAGGUCAAGAAUGGAUAAGGAACGGACCAAAUUUUAGAUGUAACUACACUGUAGAUGAAUUAAACAACAUGGGAAUAUUGGAAUUGAGUGAAAUAUUAGUUGACAAUAAAAUAGUUUUUGAUAAUCUGGAAACUAAGUCAGAGAUGAAAGACUUGAUUUUAUUUUAUAUGAGAAAAGGAAACCAAUCAAUUGAAAAAGUUAUGGAGGCUACCUCUACGGACAAGGUUUUUUCAACAGCCGCAUCACAACAAGGAGCUGAGGCUGUAGAAAAAAUUCUAGAAACAGAUGUGAAAAGAAAGCAAAGUCUGUAUGGCCUAUAUGGUGACAUUGAGAAGUUUAUGUCAGAUGAUAGGUUUGAAUAUACACUCAAAGAAGAAAUGACAACAGAAUUUGGUGAUGUUUUAUCAGAAAUAACCAGUUAUAAAGAUGAACUGAUUGAAGAACAAUGUCCUAUUGUAGUUGCAGGUGAGACUGCAGCAGGUAAAAGUAGUUUGAUAAAUCUCCUCCUGGGUAGUGAUAUUUUACCCCAGUCAUUACUGACAUGUACAUAUACUGUGUGCCGAAUUUGGAACAAAGAAGAGAGAGCUGUGUAUGUGACAGAUUUGUAUGAUGAUAGAACAAAAGUAGAUUUACCAUCAGAUCCUGCCUUAAUGAAGGAAACCUUACAUAAUUAUGUUAAUGUAGAGGGAAACAAGUAUAAAUAUGUUGAUGUACAUCUACCAUUUCCUAUACUAAAGAGCCAUGCUAUUAUAGUAGAUACUCCAGGAAUAGGAUCAAGUGAAGAGCUAAACAAGAGAUUACUUGACUAUUUACCAAAAGCUAUAGCCUUUAUUUAUGUGAUAAACAGUAGUAACGCUGGAGGUGUUCAGAGUGACAGGCUUUUGCAAAUAUUUGAAAUGCAGAAGAGAGAGGGAAAGAUGUACAACUUUGAUCCUACUACUGCCAUUUUUGUGUGUAAUAAAUGGGACCAAGUUCCAGACAGUGAAGAUAAACUUGUUUGGGAUCAUAUUUUGAAAAAGCUUCAAAUUAAUUGGCCAAACUUUAAAGAAACUCAGAUGUUCAGAUUGAGUGUAAAAAUGGAAACUAGAAGAGCCUCUAUACAAGGACUAGAAUACACAAGUAAUUUCCAGAAGCUUCUGACUGCUAUUAAUGAAAUGAUUCCAGCCAGUCUAGAGGCGAAAGCAGCAAGACAUGCAAGGUGGCAGAAUCAGUUUUUAGAGAAGGCAUUGAAAAGAAUUGUGGGAAGGAUAAAGCUAUCGAGAAAAACAGAAGAUGAAAAGAAAAAAUUGAAAAUCAACAUCGAAGAAAGAAUACAACAAUUAAGACAUAACAUAAAAGAGGUAAAACACAGAGUUCUUGAAGAGGCUGAAUUUCAUUGCCAGCAGAUUUCCACUGAGUUAUAUGCACACCUGACAUCAAAGAAAACCUCAGCUAGAAUUUUUCUUUGGUCUAUACCAGAUUUACCAACAGAUUCAGAUUUUCAAAUAAUAGAAUACAAAGCAAAGAAAAUGAUAUUAGAUAGAAUAAACUCUGAGACUAGAGAAUGGUGUACAAAAGAGAAUGUCAACAAUAUAACACAAGAAUUGUGUCAUUUAUUUAAAGCAGAGUGUAAACUUAUUGAUGAACAAUGUGAGGAGAUUAACAGGAUACUUCUUGAUAUCAAUACACCACUGGAAGAAGGAGUUUCAGACAAAGAUGAGGGUAUUGAAAGAAUGAAUGAUGGCACAUUGUUCACAACUCAAAAUAAAAUCAUCUUGGCUAUUACAGCUCCUCUUUGGUUUCCACUGGCACUUGCUGUAGGCUUAAUUGCCAUUCCUAUAAUGACCAUAAAAAAUACAAUUGAACAGACAAAGAAAAUAAAUGAUUAUAAGUCCAAUAAAUUAAAAUACAUGAUGGACUGGUCUACAAAUGUUUUGAGAACUUUUAACAAACAGGCUAUAUUCAGGCUAAUGGAAGAGACAUACCUUAAAGAUUUUAAUAUCAAAGUAAGCUUUGUCUGUGAGAAUGUUUUUCCAUUACAAAUAAAAGCAGAUGAGCAGUUUGUAAGCCAUAUAAAGAAUGAUAUAAGAAGUUCCCUUGAAAUCAGGAAACAAUACCAGCCACUAGAGUUAUCCUGCAAGAGCAUCAUGGGUAAACUUCUUUUGGUUACAAUGGAUUAUUUCUCAGGGUAUAAACUAUCAAAGAAAAGUAUCAGAGACAGUACAGAGGAAAUCGGUGACGGCCAGUUUUCACAUAUGCAUGCAGCUGAAGUUUUAAUUAAGGGUCAGUGGGUUAGAGCUGCUGUGAAAACAUCAAGGAAACCUUUAGAGAAGGCAGAGUCUUAUAUUCAACUCACUGAAGUUCAGAACUUGAGAAAACUUCAUCACCCAAAUAUAGUGAUGUUAUAUGGUGUCACAUAUAAAUUUGGAACUCAGAGUAAAAAGUUUCUACAGAUUUACAUGGAAUACUGUGAUGAUAGUUUAGAAGAAAUAGUUCAAAUGAAAAGAGAUCCUCCACCCUGUCAUAAGUUCAAGGACAUUUCAUUAUGCAAAGAAUCAUGGGAGUUCUAUAUAAAGAUGGCAUGUGGUAUUUGUAGAGGACUAGUCCAUAUCCACAGCAUGGGAUUUGUUCAUAGAAAUCUCCAACUGGCUACUGUUUUGGUGAAAAAUGGUGAAGCCAAGAUAGCAGGUUUAGGAAUUGCAAGAGAAGAUGACAAUAUUCUGGAUACAUUCACACAAGGUUUACCUUCAACAAUGGCACCUGAGGUUCUUAAAGGAGAAUUUUAUGGACCUGAGGCAGACAUUUAUAGUGUAGGAAUAAUUUUAUGGGAAAUUUGGUAUGGGAGACCAGGAUACACACAUCUUGUAAGUGAAGAUUCUGGAGACUGGCAGUUUAUAACAAAACACUUAAUUGAGCUAAGUAAUAUCAUCAUGCAAGGAGCCAGACCACAUUUUGAAGAUAGUUAUAGUCCACCUAACAAAUUGCAAUCUCUGAUGAAAAAAUGUUGGAAUGAUAAUAUCAAAUGUCGACCAGUAGCUUUAGAAAUAUAUAAUAUACUGGUAGAGAUGACAAAGGAAUUUAGAUAAUAAAGACAGUUGCAUGUACAAAUUAAUGCUCUGAAUCAAUUCUGUUAAAUGACAUCUUGUACAGAAUAGAAACUCAUCCACACAUCUGGUGUGUUCAAUAAGGAAGGCAGAAGGGUUAAAGGUCAACUUUUACUACUUUCCUGCUGAAAGAGCCUGUUUUACUGAUCUGUGAUUUUUCAUAAAAUAAGCAUAAAAUUAGUAGACACUAUGACCAAAGCUUUAUUUUACAAACCCAAGAACCAAAUUACAACAAAUAUUAAGAUAAAAAAAAUAAUCACAAAGAGCUAGUUAUGGAGGGUGUUUAACCCUUGAAGCCUUCUGUUUUGCUUGUAGAAUGACUCUCACAUCACAGAUGCUUGGAAGCAGUUCUAUUCUAUUAUGUCAGCUGAUAAACUAUCUUAGUCUACAAGCUAGCUAAAAUAGAAACAACCUAAAAGAUCCUUUGUGAGCACGCUCGCAUACCACAUGGCCCUGUAUUGUUACUAGGCAAACAAAAUCCCAAAGACUCAUAACUCCUACAAAAGUCAACUGAUAAAAAUUUCUUGUGGAUAUGCACAUCAAAAUAUAAUGUCCUUGUUAUCUUUAAAGUUUCAUGAAAUUCUGUUGUGUGGUUUCAGAGGAGUUCCGAUGACAAACUGUUGCAGUAGUAUAUUUAGGUCAAAUUCUAAUUUCAAAGGGGCAUAACUCCUAGAAAUAAAUUGAAUCAUAAUUUCCUGUCGAUAUGCAUAUCUACAUAGUACAUGUAGUAUGUCCUUAUUAUCUACAAAGUUUCAUGAAAUUCUGUUGUUUGGUUUCAGAGGAAUCUCGAUGACACUGUUGCAGAAGUAUAUUUGGGCCAAAAUUCUAAUUUCAAAGGGGCAUAUCUCCUAGAAAAAAAAAAAUUAUAAUUUCCUGUUGAUAUGCACAUCAACAUAGUAUGUCCUUAUAUUCUACAAAGUUUCAUAAAAUUCUAUUGUGUGGUUUCAGAGGAGUUAGGAUAACAAGAACAGGACUGAUGGACUGGCUGACUGACAGCCUGACAGACAGGCCGACAGGCCAAAAACGUACCCUAAGGAACUUUGUUUUGUGGGGUAUAAUAAAGACAAACAUUAACAACUUUAAUAAGUUUAAACAUCAAAGUUUUCGAAACUACCAGCAUCAAGCAUAAUAUCAACCAUAGCUGCUCUACUUCAAUUACAAAUCUGAUAAUGAUAUAGGCUAUAUUUACAAUACGGUCAGUUUGAUUUGACAAAAUUUUUAGUUAUUGGACAGUGACCAUUUAUAUAAUUUUUGUCACACAAUGCCACUUUGUGAAUGCAAGUCCUCUGAGUUAGAGUCUGCUGUUUCUAAUAGGAAUGUCUACAAGUACUCGUGUAUUCAUGUAUCUCUCAGUGGUACUGAGUAUUGAAUAAGAAAAUGAUACUCGACUAAUAGUUUUAAUGCAAGAAUGUAUAUUUUAGACGUCAGUAAUGUUAAUUCCUGUUUAUUUUUUGUAAGCCCCUCAGAGAAUUAGAUAGAAACAACUGAUUGAUCAUAGUUAAAAUAUGUUUCGUAUGUUUGUGUUAAAUUGUCGUUUAAAAUGCCUCUGAAAUCUACUGUUUGGAAAUACUUAAUAUGGCCACAAGGACCAAAUGAGCUUUCCUCAUCACUUGGUGUCCGAUGUCUGUUUUACUAAAAUCUUCUCCUCUGAAACUACUGGGCCAAAUUUAACCAAACUUACCAUUUUUUGGCGUUUUUGGCUUAUAUCUUAAAAACUGUAAUAGAUAAAUAAAAACUUAAAUCGGCAAACAUGAUCAGCAAGACAGUCAACAUUAUUCCAAAUAGUCAGACAACUCCUUAUUGGAAUUAUUGCUCCUUAGUGACGAUUUGUACCAAUUUUUAGUGUUUUUGCCUAUUAUCUUGAAACUAUAAUAGAUUCAUAGAAACUUUGAAUAGCAAAAAUGAUCAGCAAGGUAUAUAUACAAAUAAUUCAACAUGGCAGAAAUCAUCAGUCUACUCCUUAUUGGAGUUCUUGCUCUUAAAUGACAAUUUUUACCAUUUUUUGUUUUGUUUUUUUGCCUGUUAUCUGUGUAACAUGUCAAAAAUUACAUUAUUUAUUUUUGAGUUAUCUCUCUUUGUGUAGAGUUCAGUAAAUGAAGUGAAAUUGGAAAUUAAAUAAAGUUGAAAGAAAAGAAAAGAUAAUUUUUAUAAUAUUAUUAUUAUAUUAUUUGUGUACCCUUGAUUGAUAUUAUGAUUAUGUUUACUUAAUUUUUUAUAUUUCUAAUUGAAACAAUAUUGAUUAUCCAUGAACAAAUGUUGAUUACUUUGAAGACUUUCUCUUAUUUCAUACUUUAAGAAUUGUAAUAUUCAGAAAAGGGAGAUAAUGAUGUUCUUGUAGCUCUUUAUAUAUCUAUGUAUGACUAAAUGUUUCUGAUGCAUUUAAUUGAUAUUUGGAUAAGCAAUCUUUAUUCCAAGUUAAAGUUCAUUGAGUUUAUGAUCUGCAUUUCAAUAGACUUAUUAUGUUUUGUGUUUUUCUAUUUUUCCACAAAUAUUGAACUACUCAUCGUUGCCAAUUAAUGUGAUUAUUUUUAUAUAUAUAUAUAUAUAUAUAUAUAUAUAUAUAUAUGAAUAUACAAUAAAUUCAUAAAACUUA